AUGAUAUUGCAGAUUAUUAACAUAUUACGUAAGGUUUUUUUUUUUUUUUUUUUUUUUUUUUUUUCGUCAAACUACAAAAAGAUUGCCCUUCACAACGGCAGCUCUUCAUCUUGCUUUUUGUAA